AUGCUGUGUGUCAGCACAAGAGCCGGGUCAGCUCGCACACACUUCUUGUCCUACUGCUUCUCCGCCGCCACCUCCUUUUCCGCCGCCACUCUCAAGCCUUUUCAUUACAAACCCUUCAAAUCCCAUUUCCAUCCCUCCAUUAAAAUGCUGUCAUCAUCCAAUUCCGAUCCAAAUCCCAAACCCAGUGAAUUCGUCGAACACGUUGUGCUCUUCAAAGUCAAGCAGGAUGCCGAUCCUUCUGCAAUCAACGCCAUGGUCAGCAACCUCAACGGAUUGACCUCGCUCGAGCCAGUGCUCCACCUCAAGGCAGGACCAAUAGCCCGCAUUCGAUCCUCCUCUCUCUCUUUCACCCACAUGCUCCACUCCCGACACAGAACCAAAUUCGACUUGGGAUCCUACGCAGACCAUCCGGCCCACAUUAGCGUCGUGACGAACUACAUCAAGCCCAUCAUCGACGACAUCAUGGCCGUCGACUGGGUAUCUGAUGACGUCACGGGUUCGGUGAUCGUCCCCAACGGGUCGGCCAUGAGGCUCACGUUUUUGAAACUCAAGGAUGGUGUUGAAGAAAGUGGUAAAAACGAGAUAUUGGGAGUGGUUAAGGGGAUUAAGGACAAGUUUCCAUCGAUCGAGCAAUUGAGUGUUGGGGAGAACUUUUCCCCAGGGAGGGCGAAGGGAUUUUCAAUUGGUUCAAUUGCAGUUUUCAAGGGAAUGACUGAAUUGGAGGCUCUGGAUUCGGAUUCAGAAGUGGCGAAUGAGCAGAAGGACAAAGUGAGGGAAUUUCUUGACGGCGUCUUGGUGUUGGAUUUCCUUUAG